AUGGGCACAGGUGGUGGGACGCGAAUACCACUAUGGAUAUCAAUACUAGCACUUGCCUUCAUAGAGAUCAAAGAUUUUCCACCAGUUUCGAAAUCCCAAGAAGUGGCAAUCAUACCACCUUUUAAAAACACACUGAAAUUAAAGGCUGGCAACCCCUCUCACAAUGGCCGUGUGUGCAGCACAUGGGGUAACUUCCACUUCAAGACUUUUGACGGAGACAUCUUUUACUUCCCUGGAGUCUGCAAUUACAUCUUUGCAUCCAACUGCAAAUCUCCUUAUGAGGACUUCAACAUCCAGAUUAGGCGUUCAACGGUGCAAAAUGCUACCACGAUCACUCAUGUCCUCAUGAAGCUGGAAGGAACAGUGAUUGAACUGACCCGUGGCUCUGUCCUGCUUGAUGGCAAACCGGUUCAGAUGCCUUACAGCCAUAUGGGAGUCUUGAUAGAGAGAAGUAAUAGCUAUUUGAAAGUUUCUGCCAAGUUAGGACUGACCUGCCUUUGGAAUGAAGAGGAUGCCCUCCUGGUGGAACUAGACAAGAAAUAUGCCAAUCAAACUUGUGGGCUUUGUGGGGACUUCAAUGGAAUUCCAAUCAACAAUGAAUUUAUUUCAGAGAAGACAAAACUGACUCCCAUACAGUUUGGGAAUAGGCAGAAGAUGGACGGACCCACAGAGCAGUGUGCUGAUCCUAUUCCUCCUGCUGUUCUGGUGAACUGCUCAGCUGAAUUUGCUUCUAUCUGUGAGACAGUACUAACCAGUAAUGCAUUUACAAGCUGUAAUGCACUUGUGAAUGUUCAGGACUACAUCGAAACUUGUGUACAAGACCUAUGCCACUGUGAUAGCUCUAUGGCUGACUUCUGCAUGUGCAACACCUUUGCUGAAUACUCGCGGCAGUGCGCUCAUGCAGGUGGACAGCCUCAGAAUUGGAGAACGUCAAAACUGUGUUCCAAAGUGUGUCCUUUCAACAUGCAAUACCAGGAAUGUGGGUCCCCCUGCUCUGACACAUGCAGCAACCCGGAACGAUCCGCACUUUGUGAAGAUCAUUGUACAGAUGGCUGCGUCUGUCCUCCAGGAAUGGUAUUUGAUGACAUUAAUGCUGCUGGCUGUGUUCCCCGUAAAGAAUGCCACUGUACCUAUGAAGGUGAAACUUACGCUCCUGGUGCCUCUUUCUCAUCUAAAUGCAGAUCAUGUACCUGUGCUGGAGGUGAAUGGUCUUGUGUUACCCAGUCAUGCCCCGGGACUUGCAGUAUUGAAGGAGGCUCCCACAUUUCAACAUUUGAUGAGAAAUAUUAUUCCUUCUUCGGAGACUGUAGCUAUGUUCUCACCAAGCUCUGUGACAGCAAUGAAUUUACGGUGCUGGGAGAUAUACGCAAGUGUGGCCUGACUGACACUGAGACAUGCCUGAAGGGUAUAGCCAUCAGCCUAAGUGGAGGACAAACUAAUAUUGUCAUCCAGCCUUCUGGCAGUGUAUUUGUGAAUACGAUUUACACACAGCUGCCAUUCUCUGCAGCAAACGUCACCAUCUUCAGACUAUCAUCUUACUUCAUCAUUCUGCAGACAACGUUUGGUCUUCAGCUACAGGUUCAGCUCGUGCCUCUCAUGCAACUUUUUAUAGAUUUAGACCCAUCACAUAAAGGGCAGACCUGUGGUCUCUGUGGAAACUUCAAUGACAUGCAGACAGAUGAUUUCAAAACCACCAGUGGUGUAAUAGAGGGUACUUCAGCUGCCUUUGGCAAUACUUGGAAAACUCGGGCUGAUUGUCCUGAUGCCAAAAAUACCUUUGAGAACCCCUGUACUGUCAGCAUACAAAAUGACCAGUAUGCGCAGCACUGGUGUGGACUGCUCUCUGAUACCAUGGGACCUUUUGCUGAAUGUCACUCAACAGUGAAUCCUGAAGUUUACCAGAAGAACUGCGUGUUUGACACGUGUAACUGUGAGAAGAGUGAGGACUGCAUGUGUGCUGCCCUUUCCAGCUAUGUCAGGGCCUGUGCUGCUAAAGGAGUUCUCCUCACUGGAUGGAGGAGCAAAGCCUGCACCAAAUAUACCACCUUGUGUCCGAAAUCCUUGAAGUACACUUACAAUGUCGAUUCCUGUCAACCCACUUGCCGGUCCCUGAGUGAGCCUGAUGUCACAUGCAGCAUCAAGUUUGUCCCAGUUGAUGGCUGCACCUGCAUAAAUGGAACCUACAUGGAUGAAAGUGGCAAAUGUGUGCCUGCUUCUAGCUGUCCUUGUUACUACAAAGGAAUGCCUCUGUCUUCUGGAGAAGUUAUUCGUGAUAACGGUGUUGUCUGCACUUGCACCUAUGGAAAGCUGAGCUGCAUUGGAGAGAAACCUGAACCAGUCUGCAUACCUCCCAUGGUCUAUGUUGACUGUGACAAUGCCACUGCAGAUGUAGUAGGAGCAGGAUGCCAGAAGAGCUGUCAGACUCUAGAUAUGGAAUGUUACAGAACCCACUGUGUCUCUGGCUGUGUAUGUCCUCAUAAACAAGUGUUAGACGGCAAAGGUGGAUGUAUAGCUCCAGAAGACUGUCCAUGUGUUCACAAUGGGAAUUCCUACAGUCCAGGAGAAUCAAUCAGAGUUGGCUGUAACAACUGCACAUGUAGAAACAGAAAAUGGCACUGCUCUGAGGAACCUUGCCUGCAAACCUGUUCUGUUUAUGGAGAUGGGCAUUACACCACCUUUGAUGGCAAACGCUUUGAUUUUGAAGGAGACUGUGAAUAUGUUCUGAUCCAGAACUACUGUGGUCAACAAGGUAUGAAUCAGGGAACCUUCAGAGUCAUCACUGAGAACGUUCCAUGCGGCACUACAGGAACCACCUGCUCUAAGUCUAUUAAAGUUUUCCUGGGGAACUAUGAGCUGGUACUCAAUGAUGGACACUCUGAUGUCAUCCAGAGGACACCUGGAGGAAAAAUGCCAUUCCAAAUCCGUUCCAUGGGCAUCUACCUGGUGGUUGACACUACUGUUGGCCUGAUACUCAUGUGGGACAAGAAAACCAGUAUAUUCAUCAAACUUAGCCCCAGCUUUCAGGAACAUGUCUGUGGACUUUGUGGAAACUAUGAUGGCAAUGGAAAUAACGACUUCACUACUCGCAGUCAGUCUGUGGUAGCAAAUGUGCUGGAGUUUGCCAAUAGCUGGAAAGUGUCUUCUACUUGCCCAAAUGCCAAUCUUACCAAGGAUUCAUGCACUGUGAACCCAUAUAGGAAAGCCUGGGCGCAGAAGCAGUGCAGCAUAAUUACCAGUGAAGUGUUUGCAAAGUGUCACUCACAGAUUGAACCAAAUGAAUAUUAUCAAGCAUGUGUGGAUGAUGCUUGUGCCUGCGACACUGGAGGAGACUGUGAAUGUUUCUGUACAGCAGUAGCCGCCUAUGCUCAAGCGUGCAAUGAGCUGGAUAUCUGCAUUUCAUGGAGAACUCCAUCAAUUUGUCCUCUGUUCUGUGAUUACUACAAUCCACAAGGGGAAUGUGAGUGGCACUACAAGCCAUGUGGAGCCCCUUGUAUGAAGACCUGCAAUAAUCCAAGUGGGAACUGCCUCCAUGAGUUGAGAGGUUUGGAAGGCUGCUAUCCACACUGUCCAAAGAAUAAGCCCUAUUUUGAUGAAGAAACCAUGACUUGUGUUUCUGAUUGUGGUUGUUAUGAAAAUGGAAAAAAUUACAAACCAGGACUGCAGAUGCCUUCAAAGCAGAAUUGUCAAUCAUGUGAAUGCACAAAUCAUGGCAAAAAAUGCAAAUAUGAUGAAUAUGAAUGCAUAUGCAUUUAUGAGGAACAGAAAUACAACUAUAAAGAUGUGAUCUACAGUACUACAGAUGGCACAGGAGGGUGUAUUGUUGCAACCUGUGGUCCCAAUGGAACGCUUCAAAGGGCUGUCUAUGAAUGUGCAGUCUCAACUUCACCCACAACAGCAACAACAUUUCACUUCAGCACUACACCACCUGCCACGACUUCCACAGUGUCACCAACUACAUCAGUAUGUGUUCAUGAAGUCUGUGAGUGGUCAGAAUGGUAUGAUGGGAGUCUGCAAACCCCUGGCUAUGAUGGCGGAGAUUUUGAAACCUUUGAUGAUUUGAGAGCUAAAGGUUAUGAAGUCUGUAAAGCUCCACGGGCUGUUCAAUGCAGAGCAGAGAAAUUCCCUGAUAUACCACUGAAAGAUCUUGGCCAAAAAGUAGAAUGCAGUAAAACAGUUGGGCUUAUAUGUUACAACAAAGAUCAAAUUUCAACGAUGUGCAACAAUUAUGAAAUUAGAAUCUUAUGCUGUGUUUUUGUACCAUGCUCUUCCACAACACAUUUCAGCACAUCAACACAGAUCACAACUGCAGCUAAGAGCACAGAAACAUCAAGUUCAACUGAAGAAACCACAUCAUUUUCAACCACUAAAACAUCUCCAGUGACUACAACUUUGGAAAGCACAACAUUCACACCUUCAGCUACUAAGGAAACAAUCACAAUCACAACAAAAAUAACAACACCUAUCACCACUUCUUCUUCAACAAUUCCUCUCUGCAUAAAAGAAGAAUGUUACUGGUCAAUGUGGUAUGAUGUAAGUUAUCCAGAGUCAGGGUAUGAUGAUGGAGACUUUGAUACAAUUCAGAACAUUAAAAAAAAGGGAUACAAAGUCUGUGAAAACAGAAGGGAUGUGGAAUGUCGAGCAGUAAGAUUCCCCAACACACCAUAUACCCUCCUGGAGCAACACAUAACAUGCAACACAGAAGAAGGGUUGAAAUGCUACAAUAAAGACCAACUACCACCAAUCUGCUAUAACUAUAAACUUAGAUUUAAAUGCUGUACAAAUAAAACAGAAUCAUGCCAAACAACUACAGUACCGCUUACAACAAAACAAAAAAAAACGACUAUUUUAUCAACUACACCAAGUACAUCAUCCACUGAAGUCACAAAAACACCACACUUACAAACCAAACAUAAGUCAACUACAAUAUCAAAACCUCCUCCAAAGACAGAAAAUAUUCAUACGAGAACUACAACACAAACCAGCAGCACAACAGUCACGACCUCCACCUCCACCACCGUGCCCACCUCCUCAGAAAGCACAUGGCAAACCUCCACCAGCACCACCAGCCCCGUGCCGACGCCUACCACAUACUCGCCCAGCGUGACCACCACCACCACCACACAGUCCACUACCACCUGUGCCGAAGUGUGCUCCUGGAGCGAAUGGUUCGACGUCGACUUCCCCUCCUCAGGGCCCAGCCAGGGAGACUUCGAAACCUACCAGCACAUCCGCGCCGCCGGCAAGGAAGUCUGUCAACAUCCAAAGGAAAUCGAGUGCCAAGCGGAGCAGUACCCCGAGGUUGCCAUCCAACAAGUCGGACAGGUCGUGCAGUGCGACGUCAACUUUGGACUCGUGUGCAAGAACAGUGACCAGACUGGCAAGUACAAGAUGUGCCUCAACUACCGGAUCCGCGUCCGCUGCUGCAGCCCCAACUACAGCUGCCUAGUCAGCACCUCCUUGCCCAUCACCAGCCCCACCACCAUCACCACCCGCAGCUCAACCAGCACCGCCCCAACCUCCACCUCAGUCACGACCUCCACCUCCACCACCGUGCCCACCUCCUCAGAAAGCACAUGGCAAACCUCCACCAGCACCACCAGCCCCGUGCCGACGCCUACCACAUACUCGCCCAGCGUGACCACCACCACCACCACACAGUCCACUACCACCUGUGCCGAAGUGUGCUCCUGGAGCGAAUGGUUCGACGUCGACUUCCCCUCCUCAGGGCCCAGCCAGGGAGACUUCGAAACCUACCAGCACAUCCGCGCCGCCGGCAAGGAAGUCUGUCAACAUCCAAAGGAAAUCGAGUGCCAAGCGGAGCAGUACCCCGAGGUUGCCAUCCAACAAGUCGGACAGGUCGUGCAGUGCGACGUCAACUUUGGACUCGUGUGCAAGAACAGUGACCAGACUGGCAAGUACAAGAUGUGCCUCAACUACCGGAUCCGCGUCCGCUGCUGCAGCCCCAACUACAGCUGCCUAGUCAGCACCUCCUUGCCCAUCACCAGCCCCACCACCAUCACCACCCGCAGCUCAACCAGCACCGCCCCAACCUCCACCUCAGUCACGACCUCCACCUCCACCACCGUGCCCACCUCCUCAGAAAGCACAUGGCAAACCUCCACCAGCACCACCAGCCCCGUGCCGACGCCUACCACAUACUCGCCCAGCGUGACCACCACCACCACCACACAGUCCACUACCACCUGUGCCGAAGUGUGCUCCUGGAGCGAAUGGUUCGACGUCGACUUCCCCUCCUCAGGGCCCAGCCAGGGAGACUUCGAAACCUACCAGCACAUCCGCGCCGCCGGCAAGGAAGUCUGUCAACAUCCAAAGGAAAUCGAGUGCCAAGCGGAGCAGUACCCCGAGGUUGCCAUCCAACAAGUCGGACAGGUCGUGCAGUGCGACGUCAACUUUGGACUCGUGUGCAAGAACAGUGACCAGACUGGCAAGUACAAGAUGUGCCUCAACUACCGGAUCCGCGUCCGCUGCUGCAGCCCCAACUACAGCUGCCUAGUCAGCACCUCCUUGCCCAUCACCAGCCCCACCACCAUCACCACCCGCAGCUCAACCAGCACCGCCCCAACCUCCACCUCAGUCACGACCUCCACCUCCACCACCGUGCCCACCUCCUCAGAAAGCACAUGGCAAACCUCCACCAGCACCACCAGCCCCGUGCCGACGCCUACCACAUACUCGCCCAGCGUGACCACCACCACCACCACACAGUCCACUACCACCUGUGCCGAAGUGUGCUCCUGGAGCGAAUGGUUCGACGUCGACUUCCCCUCCUCAGGGCCCAGCCAGGGAGACUUCGAAACCUACCAGCACAUCCGCGCCGCCGGCAAGGAAGUCUGUCAACAUCCAAAGGAAAUCGAGUGCCAAGCGGAGCAGUACCCCGAGGUUGCCAUCCAACAAGUCGGACAGGUCGUGCAGUGCGACGUCAACUUUGGACUCGUGUGCAAGAACAGUGACCAGACUGGCAAGUACAAGAUGUGCCUCAACUACCGGAUCCGCGUCCGCUGCUGCAGCCCCAACUACAGCUGCCUAGUCAGCACCUCCUUGCCCAUCACCAGCCCCACCACCAUCACCACCCGCAGCUCAACCAGCACCGCCCCAACCUCCACCUCAGUCACGACCUCCACCUCCACCACCGUGCCCACCUCCUCAGAAAGCACAUGGCAAACCUCCACCAGCACCACCAGCCCCGUGCCGACGCCUACCACAUACUCGCCCAGCGUGACCACCACCACCACCACACAGUCCACUACCACCUGUGCCGAAGUGUGCUCCUGGAGCGAAUGGUUCGACGUCGACUUCCCCUCCUCAGGGCCCAGCCAGGGAGACUUCGAAACCUACCAGCACAUCCGCGCCGCCGGCAAGGAAGUCUGUCAACAUCCAAAGGAAAUCGAGUGCCAAGCGGAGCAGUACCCCGAGGUUGCCAUCCAACAAGUCGGACAGGUCGUGCAGUGCGACGUCAACUUUGGACUCGUGUGCAAGAACAGUGACCAGACUGGCAAGUACAAGAUGUGCCUCAACUACCGGAUCCGCGUCCGCUGCUGCAGCCCCAACUACAGCUGCCUAGUCAGCACCUCCUUGCCCAUCACCAGCCCCACCACCAUCACCACCCGCAGCUCAACCAGCACCGCCCCAACCUCCACCUCAGUCACGACCUCCACCUCCACCACCGUGCCCACCUCCUCAGAAAGCACAUGGCAAACCUCCACCAGCACCACCAGCCCCGUGCCGACGCCUACCACAUACUCGCCCAGCGUGACCACCACCACCACCACACAGUCCACUACCACCUGUGCCGAAGUGUGCUCCUGGAGCGAAUGGUUCGACGUCGACUUCCCCUCCUCAGGGCCCAGCCAGGGAGACUUCGAAACCUACCAGCACAUCCGCGCCGCCGGCAAGGAAGUCUGUCAACAUCCAAAGGAAAUCGAGUGCCAAGCGGAGCAGUACCCCGAGGUUGCCAUCCAACAAGUCGGACAGGUCGUGCAGUGCGACGUCAACUUUGGACUCGUGUGCAAGAACAGUGACCAGACUGGCAAGUACAAGAUGUGCCUCAACUACCGGAUCCGCGUCCGCUGCUGCAGCCCCAACUACAGCUGCCUAGUCAGCACCUCCUUGCCCAUCACCAGCCCCACCACCAUCACCACCCGCAGCUCAACCAGCACCGCCCCAACCUCCACCUCAGUCACGACCUCCACCUCCACCACCGUGCCCACCUCCUCAGAAAGCACAUGGCAAACCUCCACCAGCACCACCAGCCCCGUGCCGACGCCUACCACAUACUCGCCCAGCGUGACCACCACCACCACCACACAGUCCACUACCACCUGUGCCGAAGUGUGCUCCUGGAGCGAAUGGUUCGACGUCGACUUCCCCUCCUCAGGGCCCAGCCAGGGAGACUUCGAAACCUACCAGCACAUCCGCGCCGCCGGCAAGGAAGUCUGUCAACAUCCAAAGGAAAUCGAGUGCCAAGUGGAGCAGUACCCCGAGGUUGCCAUCCAACAAGUCGGACAGGUCGUGCAGUGCGACGUCAACUUUGGACUCGUGUGCAAGAACAGUGACCAGACUGGCAAGUACAAGAUGUGCCUCAACUACAGGAUCCGCGUCCGCUGCUGCAGCCCCAACUACAACUGCCUAGUCAGCACCCCUUUUACCACCACCAGCAUUACUACAAUUAGUACCACAUCCGAAUCCCCCUGCACCAGCACUUCUUCUCCCUCUGUAGCAACACCAUGUUUCUGCAAAAUUGCGGAUGAUAUUUUUUCACCUGGUUAG